CUACGUGUCCAGCAGGUUCCAGCCGCCGCCACGACCUCGUUUCUCCCGUCGUCUCUCACCAGCACGCACCAAACCUGCAGCCCCUCCCCCUAAUCUCAUUGCCUGUUGCCACCCACCCACCGGCUCCACCUUCCGAAUCUCGGACGCCUCCGCGCCGGCCGCAGGGCACGCGACUUCCGUUCCGGCGGCGGGGGAAGAGAUGGCGGCGAACCUCGAGGACGUGCCGUCGGUGGAUCUCAUCACCGAGGUGCUCCGCCGCGCCAAGUGCAGCUCCAAGCCCGACAAGCGCAUCAUCCUCGUCGGUCCACCUGGCUCUGGAAAGGGUACGCAGUCGCCCCUUAUUAAGGAUGAAUACUGCUUGUGCCAUUUAGCCACUGGUGAUAUGCUGAGAGCUGCUGUUGCUGCUAAGACUCCUCUGGGGAUCAAGGCUAAAGAAGCUAUGAACAAGGGAGAGCUUGUUUCAGAUGACUUGGUUGUUGGGAUUAUCGAUGAAGCCAUGAAGAAACCCUCAUGCCAGAAGGGUUUUAUCCUUGAUGGCUUCCCUAGAACUGUUGUUCAAGCACAAAAGCUUGAUGACAUGCUGGCAAAGCAAGGCGCUAAAGUUGACAAGGUUUUGAACUUCGCAAUUGAUGAUGCAAUAUUGGAAGAACGAAUUACUGGCCGCUGGAUACACCCAUCGAGUGGCAGAUCUUACCAUACAAAGUUUGCUCCUCCGAAGACUCCUGGAGUUGAUGAUGUUACCGGAGAGCCCUUGAUUCAAAGGAAAGAUGACACAGCUGCGGUUUUAAAGUCAAGGCUUGAGGCUUUCCAUAUGCAAACCGAACCUGUGAUUGACUACUACUCCAAGAAUGGCUUGGUGGCAAAUCUUCAUGCGGAGAAACCACCAAAGGAAGUGACCGUUGAGGUGCAGAAAGCCCUUUCAUGAAGCAGCCCAUUUUCACAUUGAAAACGGCAUGUACCAAAGCCCUUGCCUGGGUUCCUAGAACUAGGAAGUAAUAAACUGAUACCGGCACCGUAUGAUUCACAUUUUCCGCCUGCAAUGUGCGUGAUUGCACCAUUUUGUUACAGCUUUUGCAAGCUCAUGAUUGGUCCGAGCAAUUUAACCGUGCAAAUGAACAUUCUAUUAUACAUAUGGACAUCUUUGUUACA